GAAUAUUCCGAGGCCGGCAGGGGCAGGGGCAGGGGAAGUCCAACUCUCCCUAGUCUCCUGUUUGUUGUAUAGCACGUAUAAGAAAGAAGCUGAGCUGAGCUGACCUGCCCAAGGGACUGCAUGCAACUGCAACAGAGGAGGUGGAGACACAAAGCAAAGCAAAGCCUCCUCAGACAGAGGGCUCUGCUUUGUAAACUCUGCUCCCAGCAGAGCCGGAGGCACAAGACAAGGGGCCAUGGCUUCCUUCUGGCACGACGUCUCUCUCAUUGUCCUUGUGCUCCUCCUUAUUGGGGUAUCCAAUUCCAAAGCCAGCCACAGCCAGCUGGAUGUGAACCACAAGAAGCCAAUACAGACGUUUAGACCUUACAACAUUGCCCACCGAGGAUCAAAUGGUGAAUUACCCGAAGAGACAGCGGCUGCCUACCUGAGGGCUAUCGAAGAAGGCGCAGACUUCAUCGAGACCGAUAUACUUGCAUCAAAGGAUGGACACCUCAUCUGUUUCCAUGAUGUAACGUUAGACGCAACAACUAAUGUUGCGAACCAUACGGAGUUUGCUGACAGGAAGAGGACCUAUGAAGUCCAAGGAGAAAAUGUCACCGGAUGGUUCAUUGUGGAUUUCACUCUUAAAGAACUUAAAUCACUGAGGGUGAAACAACGACUCAGUUUCAGGGACCAACGAUACAAUGGGAAGUAUCAGAUUAUUACUUUUGAGGAGUAUAUCUUGAUUGCGCUUUACGCUGACAGGAUAGUCGGAAUAUACCCUGAGAUCAAGAAUCCCAUCUUCAUCAACCAGCAUGUCAAGUGGUCGGGUGGAAAGAAUUUUGAGGAUAAGUUUGUGGAGAUGCUACUGAAGUAUGGCUACAAAGGUGAAUACAUGUCUGAAAAUUGGCUCAAGCAACCGCUGUUCAUACAAUCCUUCGCUCCAACUUCACUGAUUUACAUCUCCAACAUGACAAACUCUCCCAAACUGUUCCUAAUCGAUGACACAACAAUUCCAACACAAGAUACCAAUCAGUCAUACUACGAGAUAACUUCAAAUUCUUAUCUCACAUUCAUAAGAAACUAUGUUAUUGGGAUUGGGCCGUGGAAGGACACAAUUGUUCCUCCAAACCCAAAAGAUAACUGUUUAGGACAGCCCACUGAUCUCGUCGCACGAGCACAUGCUCUGAAUCUUCAGGUGCAUCCAUACACUUUCAGAAAUGAGAACCAAUACCUGCACUUCGAUUUCCAUCAAGACCCUUAUUCUGAAUAUGAGUAUUGGCUCAACGAGAUCGGCGUGGACGGGCUGUUCACUGAUUUCACCGGUAGUCUGCACAAGUACCAACAAUGGACUACACCAUACCAGAAGGAAAAGAACCCGGAAGCACUCUUGCGUGAGAUCGCGAACAUGCUGAAGAAUGAUGGCUACUGAGGAUAGGUUGCCUUUCAUUUUUCAGAUUUGUGUUAUUGCUUCCACCAUCAAGAGCGACGCACCCUUUUUAGUUUUCCACUCUCUGUAAUGCUAUUAGUAAAGCAACGGAGGUGCUAACAGUAUAGCAGAUAGUCAGACGAACAUGCAGCAAAAAUCUUUUUUUAGAACAGGGCUUUAUUGGCGUCUACUUCUACAGAAGCCUGAAUGGAGUAUACAAAUCUCACUGAUCCAAUUCUCUAUAUAUCUUGCUCGUAUUGCUGAGUUAUUUGCAUUAA